ACAGGUUUAUCCCUAACCGGUCUGCAAUGGAUUUUGAUUUUGCGCAUUUCAUGCUCACUGGUGGGAAGGUAGGAAAGGAAAAUCCAUCUCCGUGCUCUCCAUCCAAAGAAGCCUACAGGAAGCAGCUUGCAGAGAUUUUCAACAUGAACAGAACACGGAUACUUGCUUUUAAGGACAAGCCGCCACCUUCAGCAGACACUGUUCAGGAGCCCAUUUCAUCUGUUCACCAAUCCAAACCCACCAAGCAUAGGAGAUGCAUUCCUCAAUCUUCAGAAAGGAUUCUUGAUGCUCCCGAGCUCAUGGAUGACUUCUAUUUAAAUUUGCUGGAUUGGGGCAGUGACAACAUUCUUGCAAUAGCCCUUGGCAAUUUGGUAUAUUUGUGGGAUGCCACUGAUGGGUCUAUUACUGAACUUGUUGCCGUUGAUGAGGAGAUUGGGCCUGUGACGAGUAUAAGAUGGGCACCGGAUGGAAGGCACCUUGCUGUUGGCUUGAAUAAUUCCCACAUCCAACUGUGGGACUCUUUGGCCAGUCGUCUGUUGAGAACACUGAUAGACGGGCACAGAUCAAGGGUUGGUUCACUUGAUUGGAACAAUCACAUCUUGACAACUGGUGGAAUGGACAGUUUGAUCAUAAACAAUGAUGUAAGAAUAAGAUCAAACAUAGUUGGAACAUAUAGGGGACACACUCAAGAGGUUUGUGGACUAAAAUGGUCAACAACAGGCCAACAACUAGCAAGUGGAGGUAACGACAAUCUCAUCUAUCUAUGGAAUAUCUCAAUGGCCUCUAAUAGUUCUUCCAACCAAUGGCUCCACCGCCUGACAGACCACACAGCUGCUGUGAAAGCUCUCUCGUGGUGUCCUUUCCAGAGUAAUCUGCUUGCCUCUGGUGGCGGUGUAGGAGAUCAGUGCAUAAAGUUUUGGAACACCCACACUGGUGCGUGCUUGAACUCAGUUGAUGCAGGUUCGCAAGUCUGUUGCUUGCUUUGGAGCAAGCAUGAGCGGGAGCUUUUGAGCUCUCAUGGAUUCACUGAUAACCAACUCAUCCUUUGGAAGUACCCUUCUAUGGUGAAGAUUGCACAGCUUUAUGGUCAUACUUCAAGAGUUCUCUAUAUGGCUCAGAGCCCAGAUGGGUACACGGUGGCAUCUGCAGCUGCAGAUGAGACAUUAAGACUCUGGAACGUGUUCGGGACUCCUGAAUUGGUAAAGCCUGCUGCUCCUAAGUCGAACCCAGAGCCAUUUGCUAAUCUUGCUCGCAUCAGAUGAGAAAAGUUUGGCUGCUAUAUGAGAUUUGGGACAAAGCAGACAACAAGUUUUAGCUUUAAUCUUGAGUUGCAAUGAGUGUUUGGUUUCAGUUUUUUGAAUUCAAUUUUUUGAAAAUUGAGUUUUUAUUCUUCGUAUUUUUUUAUUUUUAGUAAAUUUUUUUUAAAUUUUAAACAGUUUUUUACUUUUUUAGA